ACAAGCCGAGAAGACCAGAUGAAGAUGGAGCUGGUGAACUGGGUGCUUGCAGCUGCAGGGUUUCUUCUCUGGACCAGCGGGGGCUUCGCUGCCCCCAUGGAGUGCCACUUCGACUCCAGAGCUCUGUGCGAGUUUGAGGGGAGGCACUACUCGCUGGGGGAAACCUGGAUGGACAACGCUUGCAUGCAGUGCACCUGUCUGCACCCCGUCGGCGUCGGUUGCUGCGAGACGGUGCAUCGGCCGGUUGACUUCCCUGCGUGGUGCGAGGUGCGGGUGGAGCAGGUGACCUGCAAAGUGUUUCUGGUCCAGGCGGCUGACCCCCGGCUGCCCUGCUCCCCGGGUGACGAAAACAAGGACCCGAGCCAUGGAUCGCUUCAGCUGCAGCAGCAGCAGCUCGAGGGCUAGAGCGCCACUCGCACCAUCUGUUUGCCUGUGAAGCGGAUACUUGCUGCAGUAGAACACCAGUAGAUAUUACGAGAUAGUAACUUUCAAGUUGUGCAUCAGUGUAGGAAAUGUGAAAGAUGCUCGUGAGGGUACAUUCAAGUAACACUGCAGAAUUAUCCAGAAUAUUUACAAAUGUAACAACAUUAAGUCAUGUUACUUCUUUUUCAUUUAUGUUUAAUAUCAUAAUAAGCUGUCCCUGUAUUAAUGGCUGAUCUGAGCUACAUACUUAACGAAGCAGAAGCUUAACAACUUUGUUGCAGUCAGUUUUACAGGCUAGACAUCAUCAGUACUAUAUCUCUACUUUAUGUUUUCAGUUCAGUUAAUCCAGUAAUGAAUUGUAAAUAUAUUCAUACAUUAAUAUAUAAUUCUGUUUUCUGAUUUUGACCUGUUCUCUGCUGUAACUCAUUUAUGCUGCAAAUAAACCUCUCGUUCACAAAUGA